AAAACCAUCCAUCUUUUUGUCUGAAUCCAUUUCUCUCAAGAUAAUCAAUCCAAGUUCCCAAAAACACAAACAUUCAUUUUUGUUUGUUUAUUUUUUAUUUUUUUUAACUUGCAGACAUCGUUUUAAUCGAAAAUAAUGAUAUUGAGGUUUGGAUAAUCGAGGGAUUUGAUGGGUCCGGAGUCGAACUCGGCAACAGCAUCGUCAUCGUCGUCUUCGGCGAGUACGACGUCGUCCCCGGGAGGAAAGCGAAGCAGAGAUCCCGAGGAUGAGGUUUACCUCGACAAUUUGCACUCUCACAAGCGUUACCUAAGCGAGAUAAUGGCGUCAAGUUUGAAUGGUUUGACAGUUGGAGACCCACUGCCUGAGAAUCUAAUGGAAUCUCCAGCCAGAUCGGAAGGCAUGUUGUAUUUAAGGAGAAAAGAGAUUUUUUCCCCCUCUAUUAUGCACGUUCUUCUCAUGUUUCCCAAGCUGGCUUGCAGGGAUGAAAUCUCCUUGCAAUAUUCACCAAUGUCAGAAGACUCGGAUGAUUCUCGAUUUUGUGAUGCCCCGAUAAAUACAAGCUCCUCCCAAAUCCAACCAGAUAGUGGCCCCUCUAGUCCUGUCUCUCCGUACAGAUGCCAAAAACCGCUUAGUGUGUUAUAUUCUGCUCCUUCAACCAGUUCGCAUCCUCCAAAUGGCUGCGCUCUUGCGACCAUAACCUGCUCACAGCCCCGACAACGAAGUUCAGAUUCGGAGGGGCGGUUCCCGUCAUCUCCUAGCGAUAUUUGUCACUCAGCCGAUUUGAGGAGGGCUGCGCUCCUGCGGUCUGUACAGAUGAGAGCGCAGCCUCUUGGUCCGUCAUCUUUUGAAUUGUCAUUUAGUUCAGGGCAGGAGCCUGUACAUAAUAUGGAAGCCGAAGAGCGACCAUGCUCCUAUAUGAAGUCUUUAGUUGAUGAGAGGGAUUAUCAAAUCGAGUGUUCUUCAAUGAGUAUCUCCGAUCCUGAAUGUAGCCGUGACAAGUCAUGUAGGGUGUUGAAUAUGGAUGUGAAAGAGGACAAUUCUGCUGAUUAGCUGCUUGAGCUCAAACGGGCUAAACUUUGCUCUAACAUAGUUGGAUUCGUUGUUUGGUAUGGAUCUUGGCAAUCAUUGGUUUGAACUGAUUGUUCGGAGGUCAACAUUAUGUAUUUUACUUUGUCUACCUAAUCAAAGUGUAACAUGAGCUCUUUUAAUCCCUUUGUUGAACAAAAGGAGGCGGCUCUGGCUCACAGGUUACGCUGCUGACACGUUUCUAUCCGGCAAAGAGAGACCUACUUCUGCUGUUUGUUUUGAAGGCGUCUCAUUUCAGUUUUUUCUUGAUCUAACUCGUGUCCAUAGCUCUUUUUUGUACAUUCUUUUCUACUGGUUGUUUGUGUGUAUCCUUGUGUGAAGAUUGAGUCUCUCAAAUCACAAAUAUGACUUGUUUUGAUUGACUAUUUGACGACA